CUGGAGUCUAUUAAAACAUCCUCUUAAGUUGGAUUGGAUGACCUAUCCCAUUUUUGAAAUUAAAAUAUGAGUGGAUGAUAAGGAUAACUCAAUCAAUCCAGAUUUGAAGUAGAAACCAUUAUUUUAUCAGCCCAUGAUUCAACCGACCCAGUCCAAUUCCACACGUGUGAAUAUAAACAUCGAGUUUGUCUGAAGAUGACGAAUAGAAAAAUUUGUCGAACACAGUGGACGGAGAAACCGCUGCAGAUCUAUCGCCUUCAAUACCGCAAAAGGGGAUCAAGAACUUAGACCAAUUCUUCUUUAUGUUUAUAUGAUUUUUUUUUUUUGUAAUUAUACAUAUAAUUUAUAGUUAUAGAUCCAAGAAUCUCAUCUUCUUCUUUUUUAUUUGUUUUUCAGAAAAUAUAAAUUAACGAGAAUGAAAUUAGUAAUUAAAUGAAUGAGAACCCCGCCUUGUUUGCUAUCUCUAACUUUAGAUUCUGCUGUCCAUAACCUUUCCAAUAUCACUGAUCUCUCUCCUCUUCCUGAUCACAUUCUCAUCGAACUCUUCUUGCAGAGAACAUUGAGAGCUGGAAAGCUAACCGAGAGAGUUCUUAAGCUGUUCAUAGCUACUGGCAAGGACGAGGUCUUCUCACUUAUCCAGGCACUCAACAUUCAAGUUACAGUUACCCCUGUCCUUCCUACCAGAUGCUCCAAGAAAUUCUGAGAUUAGUUUAAUCAGUGGAAUACACAGUAGCUUGGUCUAAAGAGUAACGAAGCUGAUUUUAAGAGGCUUGAGUAUUCUGAAUUCUGUUGACGUUUGUAUUUGGCAAGAUGUCUCUAUCAAUUAAGGAUGAUGAGAUUGAUAUUGUUAUAGGAGCACUACGUCCUGACCUGACAUCUUUCAUGAGUGAGUGGAGGCCUAUAUUCUCUCGAUUUCAUCUCAUAAUUGUUAAAGACCCUGAUUUGAAAGAGGAGCUCAAAAUUCCAGAGGGCUUUAACCUUGAUGUCUAUAAGAAGCCUGACAUAGAUUGUCUUGUGGGUACUUCUACUUCAACCAUUUUCUCUGGCUAUUCAUGCCGGUAUUUUGGCUAUCUGGUUUCUCGGAAGAAGUACAUUAUCUCCGUGGAUGAUGACUGUUACCCGGCCAAGGACAAUAAAGGCAUUUUGGUGGAUGCUGUUGCCCAGCAUAUUACUAACCUUACAACCCCGGCCACACCAUUCUUUUUUAACACUCUGUAUGACCCUUUCACUGAAGGUGCAGAUUUUGUUCGUGGCUACCCAUUCAGUCUUCGGAGUGGGGUACAAUGUGCUUUGUCAUGUGGGCUAUGGCUUAAUUUAGCUGACUAUGAUGCACCUACUCAAGCCCUCAAGCCAGAAGAAAGGAAUUCCAGAUAUGUUGAUGCAGUUCUGACGGUUCCAGCUAGAACCCUGAUGCCUAUUAGCGGAAUCAACAUCGCUUUUAAUCGGGAGGUGAUUGGACCUGCCUUGCUUCCAUCUUUGAGGUUGGGUGGGGAAGGUAAGUUUAGGUGGGAAACAAUGGAAGACAUAUGGAGUGGGAUGUGUGUUAAGGUUGCAUGCGAUCACCUGGGACUUGGUGUGAAAAGUGGGAUGCCAUAUGUCUGGAGAAAUGAUAGAGGUGAUGCUAUAGCAAGCUUGAGAAAAGAAUGGGAGGGUGUGAAGCUGAUGGAGGAAGUCGUACCUUUCUUUCAGUCGGUGAGGUUGCCACGGGAAGCUACAACAACAGAGGACUGUGUAGCUGAGGUGGCAAAUGUUGUUAAAGAGCAGCUAGGAUCGAAAGAUCCCAUUUUUGCUCGUGCAGCUAAAGCCAUGGUGGAUUGGGUAAUGCUCUGGAAAUCAGUUGGAUCUAGCACAUCCUCACCAGGAGCAUAGGAUUAAGACAUGGUUAUAAUUUGUGCGUUUUUCCCUUUUGGUUUGCUAGAAUUAUUUCUAUCAUUCACUCUUCCAUGAUGGUGAUAUUACGUGGAAUAUCUGUUUGUAAUUGAGCUGCAACCUGAAUUGGUUUGCUUGCUAGUGAUAUUACGUGGUAAAACCGAACUUGAAGACUUUAGGCAACAUUUUAAGACAAUCUCUAA